AUGCCGCUCGAACGCUCCACAGACCCCUUGGUCUGGAUCGACUGCGAGAUGACCGGCCUCGACCCGGAAACCGACCAAAUCCUCCAAAUCUGCUGCUACAUCACCGACGCCAACCUGACGCUGCUCGACCGGACGGGCUUCGAAACCAUCAUCCACCACCCGCGCUCCACGCUCGAGGCCAUGUCGCCGUGGUGCAUCGACACGCACGGCCGCACGGGGCUCAGCGCCGCCGUGCUCGCCUCGACCACCGACGCCGCGACCGCGGCCGCGGACCUCCUCGCGUACAUCCAGCGGUUCGUGCCGCGGCCGCGCACAGCGCUGCUGGCGGGCAACAGCGUGCAUGCGGACAAGAUGUUUCUGGCGCGCGGCCCGUAUGCAGCUGUGCUGGGGUGGCUGCAUUAUCGGAUCCUGGACGUGAGUGCGUUCAAGGAGGCGGCGAGGCGGUGGGGGGCGGAGGGGUUGUUGGCGGACGUGCCGGUCAAGAAGGAGGUGCAUUUGGCCCGUGAGGACAUUCUGGAGAGUAUUGAGGAGAUGAGGUUUUAUAAGGAGAGGUUGUUUGGGGGCAGUCAGACUCAGGGGGAGGAGGGGGAGGAGGGGUGCGGGUUUCCGGCUCGGAGGAGAGGUCUCCUAGCUGGUAAUAACUUGUAUCCGUAG